AUGAAUAAUAAUAAUAAUCGAUUUGAAAUAUUAAGUGACAUAAAUAAUAUUGAUGAAAAUGAAAAUGAAACUGAUGAUAAUGAUAAUUUAGUUGAAUUGUAUGAAAUAAAUAGAAAUAAUAAUAAAAAAGAUAAAAGAAAACAGAUUCGUUUAUAUCUUGAACCUAAUCGUAUAUUGAAAUGGUUCAAAGAGAAUUCAAAACAUAGUAAGAAUGCUAUAAGUGGUCGUGGUAAUCAGGCUUAUACAUUAGCAACAGUUUCUCUAUAUGAUGAAUGGAUUUUUGUUUAA